AGAAGAGGAAGCACGUACAACAGCAAUGGAGGAGGCUCGAAGAAUCGAAGGGGCAGCUGUACUGUUCCACCGUCUCCAAAACAAGCGUCUGCGUCAACAGGAUCUGCUACGACGACUACUAGCCCUUCUUCUGUAAGCUCAAGAACCACGCCUCCGCCUGUGCCUAGCACUCGAGGAGUGGGAUUUUUGGAUAUGACAAGGACCACGAACAGAAUGAGAG